AUGCCUGCUAUCCUGCGCCUCGUCGCGGUCCUGUCGCUCAUUUCCUCUCAUGUCUACGCCCACAACCUCCCGAACCACUGGCAACAUCGCCGCGCCAUCGUCCCAGAGGCCUCCGACGUCAAGGACAGCUAUGACUUCGUGAUUGCAGGCGGAGGUGUCGCUGGUCUUGUCAUGGCCAAUCGUCUUUCGGAGGAUGCGAACGCAACGGUGCUCGUCCUUGAAGCUGGCGAAUCUGGUGACGACGUCGCGAGCCAAAUUGCUGCACCCGGCAACACCUAUUGGAACUCGCUCGUUGGCUCCACCUACGACUACGCCUACAAGACCUCUGCUCAGGCGAAUGCCAAUAAUCGCCAGCUCUCAUGGCCGCGUGGGAAGGUCCUCGGUGGCUCGUCUUCCAUCAACGGUCAAUACUAUGUCCGACCUUCCAAGGUCGAGGUCGACGCAUGGGGCGCCCUCGUCGCAGUCUCGGGCGGCUCUAACACCACCUGGACUUGGGAUGACCUCUAUCCUGCCAUGAUCAAGUCGGAGUCCUUCACAGAACCCACUGCGGAUGCUAAGUCCAAUGGAGAUAUUCAGUAUUCGACUGCCAGUCACGGUACCUCCGGCCCUCUCAAGAUCACGUAUCCUGGUUUCAUGCCCGAGCUCAACGGCAAAUGGGUCCCGACCUUUGGCGCCAUGGGCGUUGAGAUGUCGGCUGACGCGUAUGGGGGUCAAAACACUGGCGCCUACAUCGCGGCCUCGACGAUCAACGCGGCGAACUGGACGCGUUCGGACGCCCGCGCUGCCUAUCUCGAUCCCCUCCCUCCCCGUAGCAAUCUCGACGUCUUGACCAGCGCCACGGUUAGCAACAUCAUCUACGACACCAGCAGUGCGCUUGCCAAGGCGAAGACUGUGCAGUUCAUGACGGCGUCGGGCGGACAGGUUUAUAACGUCACCGUCAAUCGUGAGGUCAUCCUUUCCGGCGGUGCCAUCGGUAGCCCGCAGAUUUUGCAGUUGAGUGGUGUCGGCCCAAAGGCUAUCAUUGAGGCUGCUGGCGUCACGUCUGUUAUCGACCUUCCAGGUGUUGGCCAGCAUCUUCAGGAUCAUCUUAGUACGCAGAUUACCUUCAGCACGUCCGCCACAACCGCGGCGGCUGUCAGGCAGUCGGACAACAGCUCAGACUAUUCCGCUGAGGGCGGCGAAGCGGAGUUCCUGUCAUACAUCAACGAAGCCACUGCUUAUCUCAAUUCGACCGUUCUAUUCGGCGACGAUGCUGCGACCUGGGCAGCGAAUGUCACAAGCUCCAUUGAUUCCGUUGCCUCAACGGUUGUGCCCAGCACCGACAGCACCGUCAUCGCUGGCUACAAGGCCAUCGCUGCCGCGUCCGCCAAGCUCCUUACGACCGCGGUUGGUCACAUGGAGAUUCUGUUCAGUCUUACCAUCAGCACCAGCGCUGUAGGUAUUCAGCUUGCUCUACAACGUCCGUUCAGCUCUGGCCAGAUCUACAUCACCUCGGCGAACCCGUUCACGUACCCCACGAUCGAUCCGGGUUACCUCAAGCACUCUGCUGACCUUGACGUUCUCCGUGCGGGCGCCAAGUUCAUUCGCUCGCUCGCUGCCACCGCUCCGUUGAGCGAUGUGUUGACUGGCGAGACAGUGCCCGGCUCAUCGGUCUCCACCGACGAUGACUGGAACACUUGGCUCGCGAACAACGUCGGCACCGAGUUCCAUCCAUCCGCGACCUGUGCCAUGCUUCCUCUUGAGCAGGGCGGCGUUGUUGACACCGAACUCAUUGUCUACGGGACGUCUAACGUCCGCGUUGUCGAUGCUUCCAUUUUCCCGCUCGAAUUCGCCGCUCAUCUUAUGGCCCCCACAUACGGCCUUGCGGAGCGUGCGUCGAACAUUGUCCGUGCACACUGGAACAACCCACAGAGCACCUCGUCUUCAUCGGCAUCUGCGACUGGCACUGCAUCCGCAUCUUCAUCAUCACAAACAUCGGCGUCGGACAACCGUAGUAGCGCUGCGUCGUCGAUGCAUGUCACCAGCUCAUUGCUAGGUGCCAUCGCCAUCACCAUCGUCUACUUCCUCUCCCUCUGA